AUGUCUUCCUGUUAUGGCGAAGGUCUUUACUAUGGCUGGCUUGUAGUUUUAGCCAGUCAUAUUAUUCAGAUGCUGAUAUCAGGUUGUCUAAUCGGAAUGGGAGUGUUUCUGGUACGGUUAGUCGAUUUUUUUGGAGAGGGUGCUGGGAAGACUGCUACGAUUCAGUCCUUGCAAGCUGGUGUAAUGCUAUGCUCAGGUCCCUUAAUCAGCAUUUUGAAUAAUAAAUUUGGAACUAGACCAUUAGUAGUUAUUGGUGGAGUAUUAUCCAGUGCUGGUAUUUUAUUGAGUACAUUUGCCAAUAGUGUUAAUGUACUUCUCAUAACUCAUGGCGUUGUCGUUGGAUUCGCAUUUGCACUUACUUAUGGACCUGGUAUCGUGAUCGUGGGACAGUAUUUCCACAAACGACACGCACUAGCCAAUGGCAUCGUCUUUGCUGGAUUCGGUGUCGGCAUAAUGGUAUUUCCACCUCUGUAUCAGACGUUAAUUGAUAAAUACGGAUGGAAGGGAGCAAUGACUGUAAUGGCUGGAAUCAAUAUGAAUAUGGUUGUAUGUGGAAUGUUAAUGAGACCACCGCCGAAAUAUAGUACGGAAAACAAACGUGGACGAAAGAAAUGA